UUUUUUCUUUUUUUUUUCUUUGCUUCAUCUGUCAUUUUCAUUUCAUUUUAAAAUAAAUCAUAAUGUCUCUUGGUUGCGACAUAACGUCAUUGGACUCUUUGGUGUUUGAUACACCAGUUGAGUCCAACACUUACUUCGAAAAGGACGCUGCUGCUGAACUGGAUUUAUGGAGCAACGCUAAAUUUACUUUUGACGUUAAACCUGGCGUAGGCAUUUAUGAUGAUGAAAAGUCAUCAAGUCCUACACCUGCCCAAUUGGAGUUCUCUGGUCUAGACCCUGUCACUUAUGACACACUGGCCAAUUACUUGGACUAUGAAUUACCCAAGCAACAGCUGGAACAACAACAAAGCAAGCCCUCAUUGAAACGUAUUCAACCACGUCCUUUGGCGCCUGCACCUGUUCCUCCCGUUGCUGCUACUCGUCAAAUUUUGUUGCCUAAACCUUCUGCCCCAUUGUCUCCUGUCGCAGACCCUAACCAGCUUUUGGCUGCCCUUCUUUCUACUGCCACAUGUCCUGGCUCGCCUUCAUCCAAAAAGACUGACUCAGUAGCUGGUGUCAAGCGCCCUUUGGAAAAGGCAGGGGAUGGUGUAGUCGUCGAUGAUGACAAGCGUCGUCGUAACACAGCAGCUAGUGCACGUUUCCGUAUUAAAAAGAAGAUGCGUGAACAAGCCAUGGAACAGUCUGUCCGUGAGAUGUCUACCAAGUCAGAACAACUCCAGGAAAGAGUCGAUCAACUUGAAAGCGAAAUCAAGUUCCUUCGUAACUUGUUACUCGACAAAGUUGCUUCCAACAAGCAACAACAACAACAGUAGAUUCAACAUCAUUUUUGUAUAUUCAACAUAUUCCCACUUAAUAUUCAACAUACACCUAUAACUGUACCAUAGAUUCAACAUUUGUACUUUCUUAUAAUUCAACAUUAGCAUUUCAACAAUGGAUGUAUCAGCAUUUCAACACUGAUACUUCUUUAUUAUUUCAACAAUGACAUUUUGCAUUUCAACAAUGAAGCCACUUUUUUAGCAUUUCAACAAUGAAGUCUUUUUUCUUCUUAAUUUUGCAUAUUUCAACAAUAAAAUAAAAGCGCUCUAUUUUCC